AUGUCGAUACCUCUAUCUCUGCUGGGAUACAGACCACCAACGUUACCGCCCAUCAGAUGCCUCGGAGACGCUCUUGCACGACGACUUGUCCGGUCAGCAACGAUCCAUAACUUUCUCGACUGCCUUCCGUCCACUUCACAAUCUGCCAUCUUUUCCUCUGAUUCUUCCAAGUCUCCGUUGACCCACACCGAACUACGUUCAUUUUUAUCCACAUUCACAUUACCCUUCGCUACGAAUGACCAUCCUUCACUAUCACGCGCCGACAGAGUUGCUAUACUUCUUCCUAAUGGACCAGAAAACGCCGUUGCCUUACUAUGCGUAGCAGCAUACUACACAUGCGCACCCUUGAACGCGAGUUGCACAGCGACAGAGCUCAGGGAGGACAUCACCCGUUUGGGGGUCAAAGCCAUCCUCACGACGAGAGAUCUAGAACGACGCCUUGAUCUCCGUUCAAUAGCCGAGGAGUUACGCUGCUGUGUGAUUUACGUUGAUGGACGUCCUUCUGGACCUAUGGGAUUAUUUGAUCUGAAGUUGUCGUCGGGGAGAGAGCUAUUUCGGCCGAGGAAAGCUUCACCGUCACCGCUGAAUGAGUUGGACGACCGGUGUUUGGUUCUGUGCACUUCGGGUACGAGUGGAAAGAAGAAGGUGGUUCCUUAUACCUUGAAGUGUUUGGUCAUCGGUAGCUGGGCUGUGGUGCAAUCAUGGGGCUUGAGACCUUCAGAUGUGAAUCUAAACAUGAUGCCAUUGUUCCAUGUUGGAGGUGUCGUCAGGAACUUGUUGGCUCCUGUCUUUUCGGGUGGAUCCACCAUCGUAUGUGCCGGUUUCGACGCAGUUGCGUUCUGGUCCAUAGCCUCCAAACUGCGAGCUACUUGGUACUAUGCGGCCCCUACAAUCCACAAUGCAAUUUUGUCUUCACAACCGAGCGACAUCAUACCAUCCAGAGAUUUGCGUAUCCGGAUGAUCUGCAAUGCUGCAGGCGGGCUUCUUCCAUCACUAGCCUUAGACCUGAAGGAGCGCUUCGCGGGUGCGGUUGUGUUACCUUCUUAUGGAAUGACGGAAUGCAUGCCCAUCGCCUCACCUCCGAAAACUUACCAAUUAGAUCGUCCAGGAUGUUCUGGGGUUUCGUGCGGCCCACAUAUCUCUAUCCGGGACCCACAAAAUCUGGAACGGGAGUUGGAAAGAGGUGAACAUGGCGCUGUUUCGGUCCGAGGCUUUCCAACGUUCGCUGGCUAUGAAGUUUCGCCCAACCCCGAAGUACCGUUGGACACUUCAAUGUUUACCAGUGAAGGCUGGUUUGACACCGGCGAUGUGGGAUAUCUUGACGAAGAUGGGUAUCUCUUUAUUACGGGCAGGUCGAAGGAGAUUAUCAAUAAAGGUGGCGAAGUUAUCUCGCCGUUUGAGAUAGAGGAGGCUGUCAGUAUAGCUGCUAAAGGAAUCGUCAAGGCGACGCUAGCUUUUUCGGUUGAACAUGAAGUUCUACAGGAGGCUGUUGGAUUGGUUGUUGUACCCAUUCGAAAUCAACCAAGACUUGGUUUGCAACAACUGCAUAGUCUCGUCAAGGACUCUCUACAUCCUUCUAAAUGGCCGUUUGUACUCGUAUAUAUGAACGACAUCCCGAAAAAUAGUGCGGGAAAACCUCAACGUAUCAACCUGGCCAAGAGAUUAAAGCUUGGGUGCCUUUCCGAUGGUAUCCCUGUUAUUGGACGGCAUUUUGAGGCUCAGAUAUCGAGGAGGCCGACGCAACUUUCGGAUAGCAUCCCUUGUCGCCCGGUCUCCGUGGAUUGCGCUGCCAUUCAAGAUUUGGUCUGCCAAAUCGAGGGUGUCCAAGAAGCCGCCGUUCACCUUGACUCUGAUGGAAUGCCUGAAGCCUUUGUCGUCGUUGAAGCCGGUUCUUCGGUAGGCUCUACCUCCAUCCUUGUAUGCCUGUCCUCCCUCCCCGGGUAUGCUCUUCCAGAGAUCCGUCUCUUCCACCGUGCCUUCCCGAGGACACCAGAAGGGUUGGUGGACUUCGAGCUUCUGGAGAAGUAUGGUCUAUCUCAGGUUAACUCGAGAAUGUCUACCCACUCCCUCCUUGUAUGUGACAUUGUUGCUGAGCUACUCAACAUUGAACCCGCCAAAAUCACACCUGAAUCCGACUUUUUUCUCCUUGGAGGGAACUCCCUUCUAUUGGGAAAACUGUCUUAUCAGCUGCGAAAAUGUACUGGGGUCGAUGUGGGGAUCACGUCAUUAUUCACCAACAGCACGAUCACUGGUAUCUCCUCCCUCAUUGAUGUUGAGAAGCGGUGCUCAUCUUCACUCGACGCUCGGUCCGAGACCCUCCACGCCUUCUCCAAUGCCCCCUCUGCAGCCCCCUCCAACGCUCCCUCCAUUUUUGAUUCCAUGGAUAAAUUGGUCCGAAAUUCUCGUCAACCAUCGAUCUCGGAGGACUUCUCAGCAUCAAGCGGGACAAGGAGCCAGCAUCAUCCUUUCGUUCUACUCAUUCAAUCUUUGCCUUUCGUAUUUUUUUAUCCACUUAAAUCUGCAUUGACAUGGACAAUAUUUUUAUUCAUACUUGCUGACUUUGUUCAUCAUAUUGGUCCGAGUUUCUGGGACCGAAUGGGCACUCUAAUAUUUGCUAUGUUAGCCUCUCGUAUAAUAACUCGUGCCAUGGCCCCGAUUGUCGCUAUCUUUUUCAAGUGGGUCAUAAUAGGGCGAUACAAACCAGGAGUUUAUCCCAUGUGGUCGAAUUAUUAUCUCCGAUGGUGGAUAGUAAAUCAAGCCUUGAUGACAGCUGGUCAUGGCGUGUUCGGUCUUAGCGCCCAGCUCGAAAUCGUUUACUAUCGCUUACUCGGUGCAAAAAUCGGUCGAGGUGUCAGUAUCGACCGACGAGCGCAGCUGGGAGAAUUCGACCUCAUCACUCUCCAAGACGGGUGUAGGAUUGACCAGGCACUCGUCCGAGGAUUUUGUGUUGAUCGUGAUGGGCUCUUUCGCCUGGGACCUAUUGUCAUAGGCUCCAAUGCCUCCAUCAACACGAUGACUCAAAUAACCCCUGGCUCCUCAAUUCCCGAAAAUUCGGUUUACGGCCCUCAAUCCUCUAGCUUCGAAGGACCCUCACCCUCCAUGUUCUCUGUUUACAAUCGCAAGGCCAUCGCACAAUUGCAUUGGGCAUUGAGGUACUUCGUCGCGUGGCCUAUCAUCGUCAUCGUUGAUUAUGUGUCUUUAAUUCCAUGGUUCGUGAUGUUGUGGUUGAUGUUCGACCUCACUUUCAUCGUUAUUGAGAGGGAGGAACCCCUCAUCACCGUCAUUGUCUGGUUUGCCAACCCCACCCGGGUUGCUUUUCAUAUUGCAGCCAAGGCAGUUAAAGCGGUCGUUGUUCCUCUACUUAGGUUGGGGUUAGGCCUCAUGCUUAAGCGUAUCCUUGGUUUGAACACGGAGUGUCGUGGUACACCAUCUCAAAUGUCUUUGUUUCGACAGUUUGUCAACUCGAAGCUUCUCUCGCAGAAGAAGCUUAGAGAUGCGUUUUCCAUUCUUGGCGCACAUUACGAAGUCGUAUCGAUUGUUUAUCGUGCUAUGGGAGCUAAAGUCGGACGUCGAGUAUACUGGCCAGGAUCCGGGAUCAACUGUAUGGAUCCUGAGCUGCUGGAGAUUGGGGACGAUGUUGUUUUUGGCUCUCGCUCAGAGAUCUUCACCACCGAUGGUAUUGGUUCGGAAAAAGUUGUCAUUGGAAAUGGAGCCAUGAUUGCUGAUCGCGUAGUACUACUACCCGGUACUCGUGUAGGUACACGUACCGUUAUGGGAUCUGGCACGUUAAGCACUCGUAACGGACACUACUGUGAUGGCUCUAUGUGGAUUGGAAAUAAGAACGGCACACCAAUAUGUCUGAAGGACGGUACACCAUCUGGCAAAUCAGAAAGCACGAACACUACCACACCUUUUGGACGCGCAUUCUACGAGGGCAAAGCACCGUAUUAUGUGUGGCCAUAUCCCCUGAUCGUCUUCAUCAAUGUUGUGGUUGCAUCCAGCACCGCGAUAUAUUGGUCGAUCCCACCGUUAGCUACCGCACAGAUCCUCCAUCUCCUCUUCGUAUCUGCCCCUUGGCUAUCGAUCUUCACUCCCAGCUGGUACCAAUUCGCGUUUGUAUAUGCCCUCGUUGCCGGGAUUUACGUCUCCGUUCUACACCUUGAAGCGUUACUUGCCUUUGCUUGGGUUAUCCUUACGAAGUGGGUUCUGCUUGGCCGUCGGCGCGUGGGGGAGUAUGAUUGGGAUAAAGACCCGUACUCUCAGCGAUGGAAACUCCAUUUGGUGAUAUCCAGUCUUGUCAGUAACGCGUUUGGGGGAGCAGGGCUGUUAAGACCUAUCUCGGGUACUGCAUUCAUCGUGUGGUAUUAUAAAGCGAUGGGCGCGACGAUUGGGAAGAACUGUUCGCUUUUUACGGGUGGACACUUGGGGUUGAUGACGGAACCUGAUCUUGUGGAGCUUGGAAACGACGUGGCACUCGACAACUGUUCUGUCGUGUCGCAUAUCAAUUCUAGAGGGCAUUUCUCUCUGAAUCACCUCAAGAUUGGGCACGGGUGUGCUAUGCGGAGUGGGUCGAGAUUACUUUCUGGAGCGUCAAUGGAGGACCGAAGUGUUCUGUGUGAACAUACUCUGUUGACAUCGGGGGAGGUUGCUGCGAGUGGGACCGCGUACACUGGAUGGCCUGGGCGCGUAUUGCAAGCUGUGAGAUUCAGUGGCAGUUAUUAG